AUGUUUAAACAAUCAGUCCGUCAAGGUUUGCGCAUGGCCCUGGUGGCCGCCCGCGCCCCGGCGAUGGCCGCCGCCGCCCCUACCACCCGGCGGGCGUUCCCCGUGGUCGCUACCCAAGUCAGAGCCACCAGAAGCUACCACGAUAAGGUGUUGGACCACUACGCCAACCCGAGAAAUGUCGGUACUUUGAACAAGAACGACGCCGAUGUCGGCACCGGGCUUGUCGGUGCCCCCGCCUGUGGCGAUGUGAUGAGAUUACAACUCAAGAUCGACGAAGACACCGGCAUCAUCAAGGACGUCAAGUUCAAGACUUUCGGCUGUGGCUCGGCCAUUGCCCUGUCGCUGUAUGUCACCGAAUUGGUCAAGGGCAAGACCGUCGACGAGGCGUUGAAGAUCAAGAACACCGUCAUCGCCAAGGAGUUGUCGCUUCCCCCCGUGAAGUUGCACUGCUCGAUGCUCGCUGAGGACGCCAUCAAGGCCGCCGUCAAGGACUACCGGUCCAAGAGAGCCGCGGCCAAGCCCACCCUCGGCCCCGACGCCGUCAAGACUCAACCUCAAGCCACCGCCUAG